GUUUGUUUACAUUUACCUACCUACAUCUAUCUUCUGCUCACACACUCCUUCCAUCAAACUGUUCUCUUUUUUUAAUUGUGCAUUUAAUUUAUGCAACUCAAAUAUUUUCGUUGUAUAACAUGUAUAAAUUUAUUAAGCUUUAUUUUAAAAUAGAAAAUUUAUAAUUAUUACAGUUAAGUUGUUGACCAUUGGAUUUGCCUAAUGCUCGAUAAUGGAGCAAACACCAGAAGCUCUACAAAGAAAACUAUACUUUUUACUUGAGCAAUUGCAAGAAAUGGCUAGAGAGCUUCCUCCCAAAUAUCAAAUGAGAGUGCCAAUUGAGCUUCUGUCUGGUUUAGCAAACUGUCUGCUCAAUGAUACUGUGUUUGAAAUAGUAAAAGGCCUAAUGGAAAUUCAACAUGUCACAGAAAAACACUUGUUUCAGCAGCGAUUACAAGUUAUUAACAAACACACAUUGGAGAUAAAAAGUCUUAUUGAUUCUAUUCAAAAUCCAGAGCAGCAAGAACUACAAAAGAGUUUGUUAUUAAGCAGACAUAGAGAAGAAUUAAAACAAACAGAUAUGAAAUUAGUUAUCCAAUUAGACCAAAAGGUUAGUGACCAGCAAGUAACAUUAGAAAAAGCAGGAGUUCCAGGAUUCUUUGUUACUAACAAGCCAAUAGAAGUGAAAGUGCAAAUGUAUUUACUUGAUUUUAUACUAAGGUUAAGUAAGAUGGAUAUUGCUUCUAGUUAACUAGACAGUGAACUAUAAUUAUAUCCAUAUGGCGUUAAGUCCA